CCAGAGUUAGUUGAAACUGUUAAAAAUGCUGAACUAAGUUUCUUGCCUAGUAAAUCUCGUGAAAAGUACCUGAAAGUCUACGAACAUUUUGACAAAUGGAGGCACGAAAAGGGCGCAGGAAACACUAUGUCGGAAACUGUGCUUCUGUCUUAUUUCAUUGAAAUGUCGCAUAUAAAACAGCCGUCAACGAUGUGGAGUAUAUAUUCGAUGUUGAAAGCUACAUUACAAACUAAAAAUAACGUCCAUAUAAACACUUACGCAAAGCUGAUUGCGUUUUUGAAAAGAUCGGCCGUCGGCCACAAAUCAAAAAAAUCGAAAGUUUUCACGGCUGCUAAUAUUGAAAAAUUUCUUAAUGAAGCUCCAGAUUGCACUUUCCUAGCCGCAAAAGUCAUCCUUAUCAUUGGAAUAAACGGAGCAUGCCGCUCCAACGAGUUAUUGAAUCUAACUCCUAAUGCCAUUGAACAACAUUCCAGCGACCUUCUUUUGAUUAACCUGCCAAAUACGAAAACAAAUAUAGACAGGUCGUUCGUCGUCCGUGAGGAAUACGCACACGUUGUCCAGAAAUAUAAAGCAUUGCGCCCUCCCAAUACGAUCACAGACCGCUUUUUCAUACAAUAUCGUAAUGGAAAAUGUACGCGGCAACCGAUGGGUAUUAAUAAAAUAGGAGCGACUGCACGAGAAAUCGCAACAUUUUUAGAUUUGAAAGAGCCGCAGCUAUACACUGGCCACUGCUUCAGGCGAACAUCAGCCACUCUUUUGGCAGAUGGAGGAGCUGACCUCACAACGUUGAAGCGCCAUGGCGGUUGGAGAUCAAAUACAGUGGCUGAAGGAUAUAUCGAAGAUUCAAUAGAAAAUAAAUCAAAAAUCUGUAAGCGUAUUAUAGAUUCGAUAAACCUAAAACAGUCUUCGCAUUCUUGGGCACAACCUAGCACCUCCAGUGAUGCGAAUCAUACCCAAACCCGCCCAGAAUCACCAACUUUUACGGUGCGGGAAGGGUCACAAUCCAGCUCAACUCAUAAUGAAACCUCGACCACUACUCAAGUAGCAAACACUACGACGAUUACUGUUCCAAAUAAAACAGUAACUUUUAAUCUACAGAAUUGUACAAACUUCACGUUCCACUUUUAAUUUUUUGUAAAUUCUGUAUUUUUGUAAAUAUACAAUGAUGCAUUUGCUUUCAUGACGUGUUU